AUGGCGGACUACGUACUCGAUGGCGUCCAUGAGGGCGAUCAGGAUGAGUUUGUUGAUGAGGCGUCCAAGGAGGAGUCGAUAAAUUCGGACACGUUUGAAGCCGUAAGUUCGGAUUCUUUAUGGAUUUCCCCUAGGAUAUCGAAGCGAUGAAAGAACGGUUGAAGGAAAUGGAGGCUGACGCUAACAAACUCCACAACAUAAGCAGCAACGUCGAGAGAUCGUCAGCAAGUGCGUUCCAGUCGCGUUUAUAAUUUUUUUCAGAAUCAAGUGUUUCGGUUGUAUCGGAGGAAGAAAAGGCAGAAGUUGAUUUACGCUCUAUCUAUGUUGGCAAUGUAAGACCGUCUUAUCAUCUCAUCUUUGAAGGUGGACUAUGGUUCAACAGCAGAAGAACUCGAGGCUCAUUUCCGCUGUUGCGGCGCAAUUAACCGUGUUACCAUUUUAUGUGACCGUUACACAGGCCACCCAAAAGGAUUUGCUUACAUCGAGUUUGAGAGUGAAGACGCAAUAGAAGCUGCGGUUGCUCUCGACGACUCUAAUUUUCGCGGCAGACCUCUGAAGGUCAUGCCAAAGAGGACUAACCUUCCAGGAUUGUCAAGUUCUAGCCGGUUCAGGGGUCGUAUGCGUCGUCGCUUUAACCCAUAUGGCAUCAGAGCAGGGUACGGCUUCCUCCGCCCAAGGACUUCCCGCUUCAGGUGUGGGUCGUUCAUUGUGUGCUUGUAUUUUUAUUUGCUUCACUUUUCACAUUGGUUUUUUUUAAAUAUUGUAGGAGACGUCGUAUUUAUUUCAGUGCACCGUAUUGA